AUGGGAAAAGACUCUUUGAACUCAUACCUGUCUCCUGCUGCAGAAGAACCGGAAGGAAAGUUUAGGGAUGCAAGAGGGUUGUCGAUGGGAUCGAUGGAUGAGAAGCUAAGAAGGAUCAAUGAGGAGUUUAAGGCAAGGGCUUGUGUUGGAAGUGGAUUUGUAUUCAACAGAAAUGUUAAGCUAGAAUCUCCUGCAAACUACUUUGGCAAGAGCAAGGACUUUUCAAAUGAGAAUGGAGCUGCAGAUGGCAUUCCAAAAAACAAUUCUGGUGAUGUAAAUAGUACAAAGAUGAGGGAUGGAUUUAUUGGAGGAGUGAUUCCAUGGAAAGUAAACUCUUCUGGAGCUAUGAAUAGGAGCCCGGCCCAUAAAGACAUAUCCAAGGGAUCGAUGGUGGGAAUGGAUCUUUACAAAAAAUCGUCUAUAGACUUCAGCUCGUAUGGUAUGAAUAAGGGAAGCGUUGAGGAUUCCAUCAAUCGAGGAUCCAAAGUGGGCUAUGUAAGAUCAAUAGCGAGCAGCUCUAUUUUCAAUAGAGAAGCUCCAUCCAAUUCCGGCAGCUUUGGAAAUAGAAGAAACCGAACUUCGCCAAGUCCUUUUGGCAAAAAGGAAGCCCAAGAAGAAGACCUCUCUGUCUCCAAAUCUGUAUUUAGUAAUCCCUUAUCAAACGCAAGUUCUCUUAGCUUGUCGAGCAAAACCUCGUAUCAAGGACCCAGCUUUUUGUAUACUAGAACAGGGAAGUCUCCAACCUUUGCUCCUAUCGAUGUGAUGUAUGUAAAGUCCAUGUCCAAGCCAGAGAAUACGAUCGAAAAACCCGAAGGUAAUCUAAAGGGGGCUUCUCACAGCUGGUCAGAAACUCGGAACUCCCAAAUGGCUUCAAAUCUUUAUGCUCCUGGCCGCAAACUAACAAUCUAUCCUCAAAUCAGGAUCUCUAACACUGUACUAUGUUACGAAGGUUCAGCCGAAACAACCAAGUACUACAUCACAGUUGAGUCGGACAUAAAAUGGAUAAUAUGCAAGACCAUAAAGGAUAUUUCUACACUUUUCCCCGGUAUCCGAUGUGCAACACUAGCAAACGCAAUGUCUCCACAAGAUAGAAGAGCAAGAGAUAGAGCAAUAGAAAUCGCGCUAAACUCGGAGAUGACCGAUAAGCAGCUACAGCCUUUCAUUCUCUCAGACAUUUCCAGUACCCAUCUGCUCAGAUCUUCGUAUCUCUUGAUGGACAAGGAUGGAUGGAAGGCAUACCUUUUUAAGUUUGUUGGAAAGGCUCUUAUAUGUUAUGAGAAGAGCAGAGUCUACAAGAUCUUUCUUCUUAGUAACUGUAAUGUUUUGCCCAUUGGCCAAGUCGGCUUCUGUCUUGAAAGAUCUGGAGAGGGAGUGGAGUUAUACACCACCUGUGAAAAGGAAAGAGACGCUUGGGUUUCGGAUAUAAAGGAAUACAUCUCCAGGCUCUAA